AACACUCGGGACCAGAUGUCAGAAGAUCUGUUGCUGCCACUGCUGUUGUCAUCGGGGGACAUCUUCACCAAUAUUCUUACCAAAAGGAUUCUACAUGGGUCUGGUUCCUCAUAUACCCACUCCCAAAAUGAUGUCUUGUACUGGUUCCAAUUCUUUUUAAAGUCAGUUCAACUGAAAUUUCCUUGCUGCCUUUGAAUUCUUUGGAGAGAGCACACCAGUGAGUGCAAGGAUUCUUACUAUGCGAGCACCUAUUGGUUCUAUCACAAUGAAAUGGCUUGUUUGGGUGCUCUUGGUGUGCUUCUCUGCAAUGGCACAACUGCAUAAAGAUCCUACCCUGGAUCACCACUGGCACCUCUGGAAGAAAACCUAUAGCAAACAAUACAAGGAAAAGAAUGAAGAAGCAGUACGGCGUCUCAUCUGGGAAAAGAAUCUAAAGUUUGUCAUGCUUCACAAUCUUGAGCAUUCAAUGGGAAUGCAUUCAUAUGAUCUAGGUAUGAACCACCUGGGAGACAUGACCAGUGAAGAAGUGGUGUCUUUGAUGAGUUGCCUGAGAGUUCCCAGCCAAUGGCAAAGAAAUGUGACUUACAAGUCAAACCCUAAUCAGAAACUGCCUGAUUCUCUGGACUGGAGAGAGAAGGGAUGUGUUACUGAAGUGAAAUACCAGGGUUCUUGUGGUGCUUGCUGGGCUUUCAGUGCUGUGGGAGCCCUGGAAGCACAACUGAAGCUGAAAACAGGAAAACUGGUGUCUCUCAGUGCACAGAACCUGGUGGAUUGCUCAACUGAAAAAUACGGGAAUAAAGGCUGCAAUGGUGGCUUUAUGACAGAGGCCUUCCAAUACAUCAUCGAUAAUAAUGGCAUCGAUUCAGACGCUUCCUAUCCCUACAAAGCCAUGGAUGAAAAGUGCCAUUAUGACUCAAAAAAUCGUGCUGCCACAUGUUCAAAGUACACUGAACUUCCUUUUGGCAGCGAAGAUGCUCUGAAAGAAGCUGUGGCCAAUAAAGGACCUGUGUCUGUUGCUAUAGAUGCAAGUCAUUCUUCUUUCUUCCUCUACAAAAGUGGUGUCUAUUAUGAACCAUCCUGUAAUCAGACUGUGAAUCAUGGAGUACUAGUGGUUGGCUAUGGUAACCUUAAUGGGAAAGACUACUGGCUUGUGAAAAACAGCUGGGGCCUCAACUUUGGUGAACAAGGAUAUAUUCGGAUGGCAAGAAAUAGUGGAAAUCAUUGUGGGAUUGCUAAUUUUCCCUCUUACCCAGAAAUCUAAAGGAUCUCUUCAUUUUAUAACAAGUCAAGAAAGAUGAAACACUUCCUCUUAAUUUUACCUGCUGUGUCCAGAAGAAAUAAGUGUGUCAUGAUCAAUAUAUAUUUACUCUACUAUUUAGAAAAUACAGUUUGACUCUUCACUUUUUUAACUCUGCAGAUCUUGGAAAAAAGUUUGCUAAGUAAAUUAAUAAUGCACUAUAGAGAUAACUGAGGAUUGUUUAACUUAAGACAAUCUGUUGUGUUUGUCAUUGUUUUAUUUUAUACUGUUUGUCUUUUUAAGUCUCUUAAUAGCCUUUUGUAAAUUGAUGGCCUAAAAGUGCUUAAUAAAUGUGUCAUUUCAAAUUUC